CAACAUCAACAGCAGCAACAACAACAACAAAAUUUGCAAGGUUGGGACAAUUCUGUGAUUGCAGCUGAUUUGGCCGGCCUGAACAGCAACCUUGCGCCUUCGGGCGUCCAGUCGAACCGGUCGAGCGCGACACGCAAUGUCCUUCUCGACUCGAUGUUGGCCUCGAACGGUGGCCUCCUGUUGGCGCCGCAGUUGGCGCUACCGCCACCGCCCUCCAUGCCGCCGCCGGAGUUGCCCAGGUCUGUCGGCAGCCAAGCGACGCUGUGGCCGGCCGCCGACGGUCCGGCCAGUCCGGACUCGAACUCGCCCACCCUCGGGUUGGGGCUGGGGCGCGGACUCGGUGUUGCCAUGACGAGCACCAACAUGACUACGACCAACAAUGCUGGUGCCUACACGACGGGCCGUCAGAAUGGACCGUCGAAUGACGGCGACCUCGACUCUGCCGGUCGGCUCAUGCUGCUCCAGUCAACCGUGGCCGGUACCGGCCAAGCGGGUCGGAUGCUGGCGCCAGGCCUGACCGGGUCGCCGCCGAUCUACCUGGACCGGCAUCAGCACCAGUUCAUGCUGUCGCAGUCGCCGAAUUCGCUGCAGCAGCACUUUUCGCCGCAUCCGCUCCAUCACAACCGACUCUCCAUGCCUCCGCCGGCCCCCGAGGCGAAGAAGGAACGGAUGGGCCUCCAGCGCACUUGA